AUGGUUGAGUUGCCCGCGCAGGACCAGAUAAAGAAUUAUGUCGCUCUCUAUUUGCAGUAUUGCCACCAGCAGCCCCUGUGGUUGUUCGACCCGAUCGAUUUCGUGACAACAACCAAUCUCCCCGAUGAGGUAGUCUAUGGCAUCUCAUGUUUGGCUUUGCGCCACUCGCCUCGUCAAGGUUCCGACACAGAAACAGACCAGCUCUGUCGACAGUAUACAGUAUUGGCACAUGGUAUCAUCAAUCUUCGAAUAGCCCGAGGCACCGUGAACAUGUCCACGAUGCAAGCUCUCUGCUGUAUCGCACUGGCCGAGUACGUUGCAAACGACACACAUCUAGCUUGGGUACAUAUUGGGUUAGUCACCAAUUUGAUCAAAUGUGGUAACAUUGAUAUCGAGCAGCAUGGCGGCAAGUCUACGCCAAAUCUGGACGCACGGCGUAGGCUCUUCUGGAGUGUCAGCUUUUUGAACCAGCAAUUUGGCCCGAGAUGUCUCUCGCUCGACAUUCUUCAAGAUGUCCAGAGACCACGGUACAUGACACCGAAUAAUGACAAUUCAUCUGAAAUGGGUGUUGCGCCUCCGCAGAUACCUCUGGAAAGUGGAUCUCUUUCCCCUAGAGGCAGUAUCUGGAUCUACAUGGUACAACUAGGCUCCCUUUGGCGUGAAGUUCAACAUUACAUAUCCCACUGUGCCAGUGGGCACUUCACUCCGCCCUGGUCAAGUAGGUCUGGCUAUACCAUUAUUGGAGCUCACCUGAUGGACCUGGAGACGAACUUCCCUACCACGCACCGAUGGGACUCUGUUAAAAUUUAUGAACGGUCUGCAAAUGAACUCCAACGAGAUCGUGGGUAUUGGAGUCCAUGGCUUUACCUCCAAUUUACCUAUCACGCUGUGCACAGCGUCAUCAAUCAUCCAUUCCUGUACUCAUGGCGUCCUCAACAAUCCGCUCAGCUGUCAGUGCCCAAUACCUUCUGGAGGACAUCGUCGGAAUUGGCGCUGAUCCAUACCACUUGGACGGUGCGUUUGAUCGACCUGCUUGUUGAAAAGAACUAUCAACUCUCGGAUCCCUCAAUCGGCCAUUUAGUUGCCAUCGCUCUCACCAUCCAGCUGUACUACUGUCGUGCAGCAGAUCCUGCACAGCAAUCCCAUACAUCUGGUAAACGUCUCUUCGAGCCGUCCUUUUUCGAGCUGCUUAAUGAUCGGUCUCUCCAAGCGGACAAUGUCACCGUUGAGACCGAAAUGUUUCACCACCCUUUGAGACCAGUGGACACCUUAGAUGGUGGCCAAGCGCUACCACCGUACUCGAGCACGGUACCGAAUCGGCUCUCCUCGGAGUCUCAGGAGAGUGAGAAAUGGAGAAAUGACGCUUUGUCUUCGAUCAAUGCUUCGGUUGAUGACGCUUUAGUUCAGGGCUCUUUGUCCGAGACUGUGUUUGGAUGGUCUCCCCAGGGACUGCAGAAUGAUGCUUCUUAUAUGGAAGUCACUCGUGAUCCAUUUUUUCAAUUCCAGGAUCAGGAUCGUCCGUAUUUGGGGACAUGGGAGAUUGGAAACUUGUAA